AGGAGGGGCUGGUGACACAGUAGAGUCACCGCUUGGGCCAGGGGGCCUGCCCUCUGGACAGGUCUAGACCUAUGGAGCCCCCCGGAAGGAGCAACAGGUCCACAGCGUCUCAUACUCUACACCAGUAUUGCUGUCCUACUCAGGUCCUUGACUCCAUGAAGCUUACCCCCUCAGUCAGGCUGGCAGAUAGCAGGGAAGAGGAGGAGGAGGAGCAGGAGGAGGAGGAGGAGACUGAGGAAGAGGAAGAGGAAGACGCUCAUCAGUUCUGCUGUCCGGCCUCCGAGUGCAGUAGUCCCUCCUCUCGAUAACUGAGAGGACGAGGGUCAUUUUCUAUGCAGAAGCAAAAGCCUUAACCAGCCCCUCCCCUACCCUGUGAGCCCCCAUGAGACCCCCUUCCCUGCUUCAGGAACCAGAUGGGCAAGCAUCCUGCCCCUUCCUCUCCCACCUCCUUCUUGGAAGUCCCACCCUCACUGCUAUCUCCCCUGGACUCCAGCCCCUGAAUUAUAAAGAGCUGGAGUCCUAGGUCUGACUAAAAUGUGGGAGCAGCAGAACUUGGAGCUUGGCGCUUAGAGCCUGGAGCCUCCUAUACCCGCACUCACUUCCCAGGCACCCUGGAGCCUGCCACUCCUGGAGAGGUCUCCAGAUGACAUCCCAAGGACCUACCUCUGUCCUGUGUGAGCACAGAGAUGCAGGGUGCUUGGGCUCAGAGGACCAGAUGGGGGUGGGACCCAGCUUGCUCAGCCCAUUGACCUGUUGCUCAAACCCUCACUGUGGCCAUUGCUAUGAUCUCUUCUACUGCUUGAAGGCCUAGCCCCGUGCCCCCUGCCAUUCCCAUAGCGCUCUGUACAUAUGACUACAAGGAAAGGCCUUUCAGAGUGUGUUGCUGUGUACAAAGGAAUGUCCAUCAAUAAAAGCUGAUCUCUUCUCUCUGUCUGAUGUAUGUUCCAUCCCACUCCUGUUUUCCUCUCCCCACCCCCACCCUUCUUUUCUAUUUCGCGCUGGGAAAGGGGCUAGGAGAAAGAGUAGAGUUUGAUUCAUGCUGUUGUCAACACUCAA